AUAUUGCAGGAGCAAAUAGAGCAGGAUGGACAUCAAUAUUGGUCAGGACCGGAGUAUUUUCAGGAGAGGAUAAUGAUCUAUUAAAUCCCGCUAAGUUUGUUGCUGAUAAUAUAUUACACGCAGUUGAAUGGAUGUUUCAUCGAGAAGAAGGUUUUUUGUGGAAAAAAUGA